AUGAACCUAUUUCGGCUUGUCGUCCUUUUUUGUCAAGACCAUGUUACAAACGUCUUCUGGAACUUGGAGGAGUACCCAAUCCCUGAUGGUGCGGAUCCUAAUUUGAUUCGUGAUAAUAUCGAAGGAGCUCUUGUUGAAAUUGGGUUUCUUGGGUAUAAGCAAUUCCAUGGGCAUGGUGACACACUGCAUCACGAGCGUGACGAGAUGCGGGAGGCCAGAAUCUUUGCCUAUCAAGGAAUCGGAAUCGGAAUCGGAGGGGUUAAAAUGUCGCCUGAUUUCAAAAUACCCCUGGAGAUGAUUAGCUGGGCAGGAUCGGCCGGUGAUGAUCCAGUAAAGUUUUUGGUAAUCGCAAAGCAAAAGCCAGGAAGCGAGCUGCUUAGGGUUCUUGAGUGUUUGAAAUCGAGAAAAUGCACUCUUCUCGUCCUAGUUGAUGACACCGCAAAAGGAGAAAGUCUCUUUGGUUCUGAAGAAUCAGUACUUGAAUGUAUACAAGUUUUCGGUGGAGCAAAGCCUAUGAGGAAAGGUCCACCAUUUUAUGAUUCUGAUUAUGACUCUGAUACUGAUCCUUACUUUAGUGUUGCUGGGGUGACCCCGACCAAAUCAAGUUGUGAUUCUGAUGAUGGUGGCAGCUCCCAAUUCGAUAUCUUCAAGAUGGAAGACUUCUCGGAGCCUAUCAGAGCCGCCAAAGGGGACAAGACAGCCGUCUUCUGGGACGUCGAGGAUUGCCCAUUCCCUCCUCUUUGUUCCCAUCCUGACGAGGUCUAUGGCAGAAUCGAGGAAGCUCUUCGUGAAAGGGGUUGUUUGGGUGAGAUAUCAAUCUGGGCUUAUGUUGAUGAGAAGAAAGGGUCUUGGAGUGGUGAGCAGCAUCUGCUUAGGAACAAGACGUGGGAUUCAAGAAUCUACUUUCUUCCCGGAGGUGAGAAUUCCAAAGAAACACUUCUUUUCCUCUUAUAUAUGUGUGUAUGUAUGCUAAAUCUCACUUAG